AUGGCUGAAACUAUUACAGUAAAAGUUGAACCGUAUUACUAUGAUGAAAAUGCCGAAGAACUAAAGUCUGAUGAACAAGACGACCAAAAUAAUGGCUGCUCAGGAGAGAUAAAGACAGAAGAAGAUGCCCUACAGAUGAAUAUAGACUUUGUGGAUGUUAAAUCUGAAAUUGACACAUCAAUUGUGAAGGAUGAACCUCAGGAAAAUAGUUCAACCAUUGAAGCUGAUCAAGUACCAACUACAUCUUAUGCAGUUCCGAAGACAAAAGAUAAAAAAUUAAAGAGGAAAUCUGAUGAUGACUUUAUGCAACUUGCAGUUAACCGUUUUAGACAGAAGCCAGACGAAUAUGAAAACUGGGCUGCGUUUUCUGCUGCAGAUUUAAAGAAAAUGGAACCAACACAACAAAUCUUUGCUAAGAGUGCUAUUGCUGCCAUUAUCAUGGAAGGACAAUUAGGUCUUUUACAUCGCAAUUCGGUUAAAAUAAAUACUCCAACAGUAACAAUAACUCCAUAUCCGACAUAUACCAGAUCCACGCCAACUCCAACAAAUUACAACAGCACGCCAUCGCCUCGCUAUUCUGAAAAUCCACCUGAGGAGCUGCCACAUUACCAACAGGAUAAUCAGCAGAACAUGGACAAUUCUCAACAGGAAAAUGAUGCUAAUGACAUGUCUCAAUAUAUAAAGCUUAAUAAAUAA